ACUUUGACGUCAAAGUUGAAUUUUACUCGUAAUUGUCACGUAGUAAAGUGUAAUGAAAUGUUUGGUUUAACUCUAUGAUGUUUGAUUCUUAAGGUUAUGUUUAUAUGUUGAGUUGGCAUAAAGGGUAUGUUUACAAAUAUGUCAAAAUAAAUAUACGGAUCGUAGUAAGCUGUCUUAAUUUUUGUGAUAAUGGCCUGGUUUGGUGAAGGUUUGUCAAAUCUGAAAGGGCAGUUGACAAAUUUUACGAAAGAAGUUUUGGCCGAGGGAGGAACCGAAAUCACUGGUGAUGAGUCUCAGUCGCUUCCUUCACAGAGGAAAGUCGAAGAAUUGGAGGCGCAGUGUGCAUCACAAGAAUUAGAGAUAUCGCAGCUGAAGGAUCAGAACGAACGUCUACGAAAUCGCUUGGAAGAGUUCGAAGUGCCACUCCCAGAACAGGGAGAUCACAAUGGCUCGGCAGACUCUUGGUGGUCAGUCCAGCACUGGGAACUGCCCAGAAGGAACACAGCUGACCACGAUGCAGAUGAAGGCGGGGCGCUCUCUCCCGGGCCCGGGGCUGGACCCUCGGACCUCCAGUGGCAGCAGCUUGUGGAGAAGGAGAAGGAGAGACGCCAGAUGCUGGAGCGGCAAGUCGAGAAGAUGUCCUUGGAAGUGACGGAGGCGAGGACCUACGAGGACAAGUGGCGAGAGGCGGAGAGCAGAGUCGCAGAACUGACGGCGGAGCUGCACAGCGUUGAGAGUCGGCUGCUGGAGCGAGCCAGCAGCUCCCAGAGGCGCGAGGCGGAGCGGGAAGCGGAGACGCUGCAAGCACAGGACGGGAGACUCUCCGAGGACUUGGCUCGCAUCAUCGGGAAGCUGGGAGACCCAGAGGAGCAGGAGAUUAUACAUGGUGCUUUGGUGGCAUUGGAGCGAGAGAACAAAGUUCUUAAACUUAGAAAUGCUGAAAUAGUGGUUUCUCUUAAAGAACAAACAAACAAUGUUCCGUCUGAAAGCUUGGAAUCAGCGAGAGACAACAAAGAAACUGAACAAAUGCAGUCGUCUCAGCAGGUAGAUGGACAGGCCGAGGAGCAACGUGUGUCCGAGUUGAGCGAGAAGUUGGCGGAGCAGGAGAAUAAACUCAGUCUGCUCGAACAGGAGAAGGACGCCCUGGCGGCCGUGGUGCGGGACUUAAAGGCACAGCUGGCCGCAGCGCGAGACGAGAGCACGGCACUCUCCACCAGCCUGGAAGAGCUGGACCACCAGCAUCAGGAUGCCAUCGAUCAGCUCCUUGCCGCGAAGAAGUCUUUGCAAGAUGAAAACGACCAGCUGGUGGAAGAUGUGAAGUCUGCAAGGCAGAAGCAACACUUCCCAAUCGCUGCAGAGCUUGACACGGUGGAUUACUUGCUGGAGUGGUCCCUGUACGAGAAGGUGGUCGGGUUGCUGACGCUGGAGAUCCCGGAGCAGUUCUACGACGAGGGGCGGGCAGCGGCCGAGGGGGAGGGCUCGCGCGUGGUGGCAGCGCUGGUGCGCAUGAGCGCGGAGUGCAAGUGGCAGCGCGACACGCUAGAGAGGGAGGUGGCGUCCCUGGCGAAGGAGCUGAGGGAGUGUCGCGAGGAGCUGUCCCGGGCGGGCGGGCUCGCGCCCAUCCCCGAGAACAGCGAGGAGGCGGCGGCGCUGGAGGAGAAGGUGGCCGUCCUGGCCGAGUCCCGGUCCAACCUGGAGGCGGACGCGGAAAGACUGCGCGGAGAGAGCCGCAGGCUCGCGGACGCGCUCCGUGCCGCGGAGGAGUCUCUCGGCAACGAGAGGAAUCGCAACACUGAAACAACUGCGAAACUCUACGCUCAGAUUCGGGACCUCGAACAGAAAAUUGAGCUUUCGCAGGAGAGAUUUGAAGAGGCAAACAGCGAGAGAUUGGCUGCACAGGCUCGUGUCCAGGAGUUGGAAGAAAAACUUGAACGUGAGCUGCAAGUAAACUCUGAUGUCAAAGCACAGCUGCUAGAAUGUGAGGUUGACAAGUCCACGUUGCAACAAGAAUUGGAGCAAGUGUUUGCGAAAGUGUCUGCGCUCGGUGACAUCGAUGGUCUGAGGCAGGAACAUGCGGCCCUGCUGCAGAAACACGGCCAAGAAAGGUCCGAGUGGCAGGCACGUGUUGCAGAGCUCGAAGCGCAGAAAUCUGACCUCGAAGGUGAGUUGCUUGGACUCUGUAACAAAAACGAGUCUCUGGUGGAGUCACUAGAUAAAGAACUAAUGUGUAACGGCCAGCUUCAGAGCGAGGUGAAGGAACUGCAGAUGAAGGCUGCAGAGUGGGAGAGAUUGCUAGAGUUUUUCAAGAGCAGUUUGGCUCAGAAGGAAGAGCACUGUCAAGAAAUUGUGACGGUCAAAGAAAAAUUGGAGAAAAGGUGUGCAGAGAUUGAGCAAGAGAGUUGCUACUGGGAGAAAAAGGCACAAGAGGCAGAGAAGCAGCUACAGGAGGUGAUGAAGACGAAAGAUAUGCUGGAUGAACAGAUAGCUGAUAGAGAUAGGAAAAUCUGUGACCAGGAACACUUGCGGAAGGAAUUUGAAACAUUGUCGGAGGAAUAUGAUGGGGUAAAACGUAAGAUGCAAGAAGCAGAGAAGAAUUCUUGUGAACUGGAGUUGAGGGUUCAGGAAAGUCUGCGUCUUGCGGAGGAGCAGGACGUCCAGGUGUCGAGUCUGAAGGACGCCCUCUCGGCAGCGAGUGCCCACCUGGAGGCGGAGAAGCUGAAGCGGUCGGAGUGCCUGGCCGAGGUCGGUCAACUCCGGCAAGACCUGGACCAGGCGAGGGCUGAUGCCGCCCGGCUGAGGCACUUGUACGAAGACGCUCUUGUGCAGUUGGACGAGAGCAGGCGUGCAUCUGAUGCGAAGGAACGCUCCAGUUUUGAAGUUAAAGAAGGGGAGCAGCAGCAGAAUUUACAGCAAGCCGCGGCAGUCGUGCAGGACUCUGAAACGGACAGCAACAGAGCAGCGGAGAAGUUGGACGUCGAUAAAGAAGUUAGAGAAGUGGAGAGCCUGGUCAAGAGCCUGGACGCGGGCGAGGCGGGGUCACACUCGCUGAAGCGGGAGUUGUCGGAGCUGCUGUCUGCGAAGGGGGACCUGGAGUCUCUGCUGGAGGUGAGGCUGGAAGAGCUGGAGGGGGCGAAGGGCAGGGUGCGGGCGCUGGAGCAGGAGCUCCGGGAGAGGGACGCUCAGCUGGCCGCUCUGCGGGAUCAGCGGGAGGAGCUGGCCGGCGCCGUGCGGCAGAAGCACGAGGAGAGCGUGCGGUACCACGCGGAGAUCCAGCGACUGGGGGCGCUGCUGGGCCAGGAGCUGCGCCGGUCGGAGGAGAGCCGGCGGCAGGCUGAGGACAAGCAGAAGACGCUGCUCGACGCCCAGAACGAGCUCAUCUCGGUGAAGCAGCGGCUGGAGAAGCUGGAGGCCCUCGCCUCCUUCCAGGCCCGGGACACCGCGGAGGAGCUGCAGGCCGAGCUCUCGAGGAGGGACGAGGUCAUCAGGAGCAACUCCGACACCAUCCUUGCGAAGGAUCAGGAACUUCAUCGUCUCCAGUCUCAAGUGAAUCAUCUUCAGUCACUCCUGGACGCUGCCAGUGCGCACGAGCGACAAUCUGCUGAAAAUUCAAGGGUUGCUGACUUGGAGGGCCAGUUGACAUCUGUGUCUGAAGCAUUGCAAGUGGAACAAUCUAAAAGCAAGUACUUGGAGCGUGAGGCGCAGGAUCUGCGGGAGAAGGAGGCUGCGCUGCGCAAGGAGCUGGACCGACUGCGACUGCACCUGGUGGGGGUCGAGGACAGCUACACCCAGGAGGCGCUCAGGCUGGAGGGCCAGGUGCAGGACCUGAGGCAGCAGCUCCUGCAGGCGGAGGAGCGAGCCAAGAGCUCCUCCACCGCCUACACCUCCGUCAGCGUGCAGGCCAACCAGCAGGUGGAGACGCUGCAGGAGCAGCUGCGGCUGGUGUCGCAGCAGCGGGAGGACGCCCAGGCCCGGCUGUCGGCCACGGAGGACCAGGCGGAGCGCCAGGCCGCCGCCCUCACCAACCUGCAGGCCGUGCUCAAGCAGUUCCACCGAGAUAAGGAAAGGGAGGUAAUGUUCGAAACAGAAAGGAUACGACAGCAACUGCAGUCUUCUCACACCAAGGAAGCAGAACUGGCCGCAGAAAUAAAUUCCUUGAGAGGACAGCUUGCGGAGGCGAAGGAGGGCCUGAGCGCGGCCGCGCGUCUCGGAGAGCAGCUGGACAGGAAGACAGACCUGGUGGGAGCGCUCAGAGAGGAAGUCGCCAAGCUGAAGCAGGAGCUGAGCGAGACGGAGGCGCGAGUGCAGGCGGCCAGCAACAGCUCCGAGGGCAAAGUGGACAGGUCGCUGGUGAAGAACCUGGUGCUGGGCUACGUGGCCGCGCCGGCCAGGAGCCGUGCCGACGUGCUGCGCGUGGUGGCCACCGUGCUGGAUUUCAGCGAAGAGGAGAGGACCAGGGCCGGCCUGCCCCAGGGCGCCGGCAAGGCGGGGGGACACACGCCGUCGCUCUCGGAGGCCUUCGUCAGGUUCCUGGAGAGCGAGUCCCAGCCGCGGCCGCAGCUGCGCUUGCUGCCGGAGCGCACAGUCUCCCAGGGCUCGGAGCCGGGCAGGGCUGACGACGUGUCGCCCGGUCGCCGCACGCCCCUGCUGCUGCACGAGGUGCAGCUGCCGUCCUUCAACCAGUUCCCCGUCGCCCGCAACAGCAGCAGCAUCCUCAAGGACGUGCUCAAGGACAGCUGAGCCGGGCGCUGUACAGUGUACAUAGAACCAUGCACCGUUAUAAAGAUACCUGUUUACUUUGUAA